AUGAAAAUUAUUCUAAGUUUGAUAGCAUUGCUCUUGAUUUCUUCAACCUUAUUAGUGGAAGCGAGAAGUGGGAUUAAUGAAGAAGAGAAGAGAAGAAGCCGCGGCGGCGUAGGAAGAAGUAGAAGAAGCAGUGGUGGGAGAAGAUCAAGAGGAAGGUCUUCGUCAUCUUCGCGUAAUUGUGAUCCUUUGUUUUCAUACCUCUUUGGAAGUUGUGGUCAAUGGCCUUUCUCUCGUAACUCACAAAACAACCCAUUUACGAAACCAAUUUCCCCUUCUCCCUCACCUCGCCGCCCAGCUCCGCCGUUCCGUCCUCCGAUUUUGCCGUCUCCUCCCCCAGUGGUUAUACGGCCACCAGUUAUCCCGUCUCCACCACCUCCAUUAGUAAUACCAUCACCUCCUCCACUCGUUACGCCGUCACCUCCACCGGUUGUUUCAUCUCCUCCACCGGUCGUAGUGCCAUCACCGCCACCCGUAGUCGCUUCUCCGCCACCAGCUUCACCACCACCGGUCUUCCCACCUCCUCCGUUAGUUCCAUCUCCGCCGCCACCUUCUCCUCCACCACCACCUUUAGUUCCUUCCCCACCUCCGCCAGAAUCUCCACCAUUCUUUGUCUUCCCACCACCACUAGUUGCUUCACCACCUCCACCGGCGGAACCUGUCUUCCCUUGGUGGUCCCCUCCUGACCCAGACGACACUCCCAAUUUUCCGCUAUUUUCUCCUCCUCCGUUGGUACCCGAUUUUCCCCUCCCAACCCCUCAACCACCAGAUUUUCCACCAGAAACUCCGCUUGUGCCCAUAUUUUCUCCACCACAACAAGAUUUCCCCCCAGCUGAACCAAUUGCCCCUAUAUUUUCUCCACCUCCAAUUUUCACUCUUCCACCGCCGGAACAAAAUUUACCACCAGCUACACCGCUUGUCCCUAUUUUUCCGCCAACAGAUGACCAGCCAGUGAUUCCCGAUCAACCACCAAACAGUUUUCUGCCGUCUCCACUGAUUCCUGAACAACCACCAACCAAUUUUCUGCCGUCACCGGUGUUUCCUGAUCAACCACCAACCAAUUUCAUGCCGUCACCGAUGUUUCCUGAUCAACCACCAGUCAAUUUCCUGCCGUCACCUGUAAUUCCUGAUCAACCGCCAGAAACAUUUCUUCCGUCACCGUUAGUUCCCGAUCAAGCACCGCCAGUUGCAGUAAUUCCGCCAUUUGAGCUUCCGCCUCAGCCGGACUCGCCACCAUUCGCCUAA